AUGUCUACGCUCGACUUGGCCGCUGGGUGUCAGCGCUCGGGUGUUUUCCGGUACCUCAUUCGCGCCGGGGCCAAACUCGACGAUCCGGACUUGGUAUUCGAGACAUGGUGUAGGCUGCCGGCAAAUAUGACGCAAGAAGCCGCUACGUCGCGGGAUAUGCUGGUUACUUACCUCGAUCAUCCCCAUCACCCAGGCGCCACGCACAAGCUUUACUUUCUUUUGCUCGCGCGGGUCGUCAAGAGGUGUACAACUUCGCCUGACCAGUAUUGGUGGAAGGUCAUGGAGCGCCUUGUGAAUUCGUCGUACGUCCGUAGGGACUACGCAGCAUUGUCGCUUGCAGUAGCAGUCGAAGGAAGAUGUGUACGGUUGGUCAAGUUUUUGCUCGAAAAAGACGCCGAAGUUCACGGGACCGUCGCCCUGAGGGAUCUUCUGAAGGAUGAAGUCCAACUCCGGGAUAGCGAUAUUCUGGUGCCAGUUUUCAAGGCCACACUUGCCAUGGCACGAAGCAGGGACCCUGAUCUGACCAAGGAGAUCGAGAUCAUGGACCUGCUCCUUCGUUACGGCGCCAAAAUCAACACAUGGAUGCCAUGUUAUUCGGUACACCAUGGAUACAAGCGGAGAAUAACAAGAGCAACGCCAUUAUUAAUAUUUUUGCGCGCCAUCGAAGAACGGGGCGAGCCCCUUCAGAAUACACCCGGCAUCAAGAAAGCUGUAGACUACCUCUUGGAGAAAGGCGCCAGCUGCGUAGCGCUGGCCUCUCCGGGCCCUCUGAGUGUCGAGCAGGAGGGUCUCGAUGAAACAUCCCGACGAUUGAGCCGCAUGAUAUCUGGGACAGCCGACAUGACGGAUCCGCCAUUCCCCGAUGCGGCAGAAACCAUUUUGUUCGAGCGGCUCAUGAAAGAUCGGCGCUUUCUCGCCGAUCCAGCGUACGCAUAUGUCAUCAAGUCCAUUGUCGGCCGUUACUCGUUCGACGACAUUGAGUACCUAUCAAAGAUCCUCGCGGCUGCCGACCUUCCCGAAGAUACGGAUCCCGUGGUUCGUGAGCAUUGCUUGGAGGCAUGGGGGUCCAUCCUGGACGCGGUGUUUGGCGGAAAGACGGCGAAGGAGCUCAACCGGCUGCUUUACUUUUACGCAUUGUUGAAAGCGACCUGCUGCCUAUGGCCACGGAGGCGAGGGCCGCGCGUGGUCUAUCACGUCCCCACCUGUCACCUUGCUCCUGGCCUUUUGGCCAAGGCAACAAUCUCCCGCUUGGCGUCGACUCCCGGCGUGGACAUAAACGCGAGGCUCUACCGCGACGGACCCACGCUCCUUGUGCUUGUCGAGCAGUGGGCGAGCACCUCGAUAGACUGUUGGCAUUCGCGAGGCAGGGUUUGCGAUUUCUACACCGAAAGUUGGAUCCCCGGACACUGCGAAUGCCUCGAUUUGGCGGAACGUGCCGACAACCUAAAGACCAAGAAGGAGUUUCUCGACUUUCUCACCAAGGAAUGCAAUGCCAAACUGAAGACGGACCAGGCUCGCACGCCGGAGCACCUGGAGACAGGGCCUAAAGACGGCACGGGCGAGGAGAAGGUGCUCUUUGGAGAGGAAGAUGGCUCUCGAAUGCGUGACGAGCUACAGGCGUUCUUGGAGGCGCACCCAAGUUGGAGCGAUACGAAAGCAAGCGGCUAA